CCGCGGGGCCCCUUGACGACCCACGAGAAGAAAGGCACUUCCGGUGUCUGUUGCCAAGGAGCGGGCCGAGCGGGCCGUAGGGGCGGCGUAAUUGGCGCCGUCCUCUACCCCCUUCCCGGGGUUGAAAUGUCGGGACUAAGCCCCACAGAGAUAGAGGGCUGUCGUUACCUGCUCGGCCUACUGGACAACGACGAGAUCAUGGCCCUGUGCGACACCGUCACCAACCGCCUGGUGCACCCCGAGAACUCCCAAGGUGCCAUUCAUGCAAUAUUAGUGUAUAGUCAAAGUGCGGAAGAACUUCUGAGGCGUAAAAAAGUCCACCGGGAAGUCAUAUUUAAGUAUUUGGCAACACAGGGGGUCAUUAUACCUCCAACUACUGAAAAACACAAUCUUAUUCAGCAUGCAAAAGAUUACUGGCAAGCGCAGUCACACCUGAAAUUGAAGGCAACACCAGAGCCAAAGCCAGAACCAAAGACAGAAGACCUCCAACCCUAUCAACAGCAGGCAAAAGAAGAUAAAACUGAAAAAGUUGAUUACCGUCGCCUAGGAGAAGAAUUCUGUCACUGGUUCUUUGGUCUUCUUAAUUCUCAGAAUCCUUUUUUGGGACCACCUCAAGAUGAAUGGGGGCCACAGCACUUCUGGCAUGAUGUCAAGCUUAAGUUUUAUUACAACACAUCAGAACAAAACGUGAUUGACUACCAUGGAGCAGAAAUUGUGAGUCUUCGUUUGCUGUCAUUAGUAAAAGAGGAAUUUCUUUUUCUCACCCCCAACUUAGAUUCCCAAGGACUGAAAUGUGCUUCUUCUCCCCAUGGGUUGGUUAUGGUUGGAGUUGCUGGGACUGUCCACCGAGGGAACACUUGUUUGGGCAUUUUUGAACAAGUUUUUGGACUCAUCCGCUGCCCUUUGCUGGCAAAUACUUGGAAAAUCAAAUUUAUCAAUCUGAGAAUUAUUGGAGAGAAUUCUACUCCUGGAGCAUUACUGAAACCAGCUGUUAGAUUUGAACAAAGUGAUCUAGAAGCCUUUUAUAACGUAAUAGCUUUAUGUGGUACCAACGAAGCACAGCAUAACAGGCAGGCAUUAGAUAGUGGAACUGGAGAUCAGGCUUUAUGUAGUGGAAAUGAAGCAUUGCUGAACAAAAAAGAAAUGAGUUUACCUAAUUCUCUAAAGCAUUGAGAACUGUAUGUCAACCU